GUAAAUAUCUUGACAGAUGGGCACUUAAUAUGUUUUGUAUCAUAUAAAGAGGUCCACGCUAAAAAAGGUAGAGGUUCUGAAAAGUUGCACAAUGUAUCCAGCGAACAUCAGUCAGUAUUGAAGGUUAAAAAUCUACUUCAGCUGAUAGCACUGGUAUAAGGACGAUAUCUGUAUUCUGAAAUCUUAACCAACCUGAAUGUUCAGACAAUAUAGAAAGAUGACCUGAAAUAAGGCACGAAAUAGGUUGUAAUCUAUAUAUGGCGCUAUUCCAUACAGUGUCUUAUCAUUCUUUUGUUCUACUUCUAGAAAACUUCAUACAAACCUGCGUUGCUUAAGUGUGAGUUUCUUCUUCUGAGUAAAAUGGCGGCUCUUUGUACAACCGCGAUUAUUUUAUUUGUUUCUUCGUGCAGCGCCCAAACACAUUACCAUUCCUGUGCAGCAAUAUACAAAUCCAAUAUACUCAGCCAGAGUGGGGUAUAUACAUUGUACAACAGACAAGACCAACCAUUUCAAGUAUACUGUGACUUCUAUAGAGGCUACGGUUACACAUACAUCUCCCCAGCCACCACAGUGACAGUAAAUAUCGACGACCUCUACACCGAUUCCAAACACGUGCUAGUGCGUGACAUGCGCAAAGAUGGCAGCCAAUAUGAAGCAAAAAUUGAGCAGAUCACAGCCUUCCAAAAUACGCCACUAUCCAUUCAGUACAAUACACACAGUGGCUAUCAAGAGGUACAAAAUCCUAAAAUGACACCUUAUGUUUAUGUUGGAUUUUUACCAGCUGCACGCAUGCGCCGUGGUCAAACAGAGGGUUAUAAACUAAAUGGAAAAGAUCAGACAUACGUGAAUUGUGACGGAAAUACCAAUAACUAUUUUGCCUUCCUUUUUAACCAGAAUCACGCUGCAGCUAGUCCCUACCAUCCUACCUACUCUGUGAUGCAGCAUAAUUGGGUAGACACUGCAAACCAGGUAUCACAAAGCAAAAAGAUACCAGCUAACUUUUUCUCGUUCUUUGAGAUGCAUUUCGGAGGGUGCGGAGCAUAUGGAACACCUCAACAUAUACAACAAGUUUCCGGAGCUGCACUUGGUUUGCGAUAUGAUAUAACUUGUAAGACACCUGCAGAUAUUGCUAAUGGUACAAAGACAGUGUCAGGGACUACUUUCGGCAAUACAGUAACAUACACAUGUGAUGUAGGCUAUGGCCGUGAGUUUGGAGACAUGACAAGAACAUGUUCAGAAACUGGCAGAUGGACGGGCCUCACACCAAGCUGCGCAGCAUUCCCAUGUUCGAGCCACCCGUGCCAUAAUGGAGGCCUAUGUUUCGAGGUUGAAGGGAGUACAUUUGUAUGUGAAUGUCCAGAAGGUUUCCAAGGAAAGUUAUGUGAAACUUCGGCUGGAAAAUAAAAUUCCGUUCAUGUUUCUAAAGUGUGAUAUGAAUAGAUAAAAUAUCCAACAAUACGUACAUAUUUUCAAUCUAUUUCAGUUUGAAUAUUUUCGAAAUAUAUCUACGAAACGGG